AGCCUCAGAAUGAAUUCAUUUCUGAUGGGGUCAGAGAAUCAAUAAAAGAUUUCAUUAAUAGAGCAAGGUCUGCUGCCACAAGUGUUAGCUCUGCACACAAGGAACUUCAUGGCUCAGUCUCAAAGCUUGGCAAAUGCAUUGACAAAAAUUUUACUUCAGAUUUCUCUGCUGUUAUAACGGAAGGUGCAUUUGAAGGAGAGCGGCGGCAGCGCUUGUUAAAUGAGGUUAUCUGCGAGCACUUUUUAAGGCAGGGCAUGCUUGACAUCGCAGAGUGCUUGAAUGAGGAUGCUCACUUAGAGUUGUCUCAUGAGAGGAAAGAACCAUUUCUAGAGCUUCACAGAAUACUGGAAGCAUUGAGACAGCACAAUUUGGAUCCAGCCUUGGAAUGGGCUGAGAGAAAUAAAGAAGAAUUAAACAAAAGAAACUCUCCCCUGGACUUCAAACUUCACAGACUCAGAUUUAUUGAGCUCAUCAGAUAUGGGGCAGUUAAACAGUCUGAGAUUUUGGAUUAUGCUCGUAAACUGGCACCAUUUGCUGAGCUACACACAAAAGAUAUGCAGCUGUUGAUGGGCUCCCUGUUGUACCUCAAGCAGGGAAUAGAAAACUCAACAUAUUCUUUUCUGUUUGAGGCUUCCAGCUGGGCAGAAAUCUGUGAUAUCUUUACUAGAGAUGCUUGCAGUUUGCUAGGCCUGUCAGUGGAGAGCCCCCUCAGUGUUGGAAUCAAUGCAGGGUGCAGAGCUUUGCCACCAUUGUUGUCUAUCAGACAAGUGAUGCAGUCAAGGCAGGUUGCCGGUGUCUGGAGCAGCAAGGAGGAACUACCGGUUGAAAUCGACCUGGGCCAAGACUACAGGUUUCACUCCAUCUUUGCUUGUCCCAUUCUACGACAGCAGAGUACAGAGCAGAACCCUCCUAUGAGGCUUGUUUGUGGUCAUGUUAUCUCGAAAGAUGCCUUGCAUAAACUUGUUGUUGGAAGUAGUAACAGGUUCAAAUGCCCAUACUGUCCAGUGGAGAUGUUAACUACAGACACACGACAAAUCUAUUUUUGA